AUGGAGAGAUACAUUACACAGAGAAAGUGAGAGAUUAAAUGACAGAUUACACAAAUAAGGACAGAAAAGAGAGAGAGAGAGAGAAAAAAAUAACAUUUAUAUUACACAGAUAGGGAAAGCGAGACAGAGUGAAAAAGAGAGAUAAACAAUAAAGACAGAUUACACAAAUAAAGGUAGAAAAAGAAAAAAUGAGAUGAAGAGAUAGAUUACACAGAUAGAAAGAGUGAGACAGAUAGAUAUAGAAAGACAGAUAGACAGAAAGAGAGACAUAUAACCCUAAAUGAUAGAAAAAGAGAGAAAUAAGAAAGCGAAAAAGACAGAGAGGACAGAGAGACAAAUAAAAAUAGAAAAAGAGAAGGAGAUGGAGAGAUAGAUUACACAGAUAGAGAAAGUGAGACAGAAAGUCAAAGAGAGAGAGAGACAGAAAAAGAGAGAGGGAAAGAGAGACAGAUUAAACAAACAAAUAAAGAAAAAGAGAGAACAGGAAAGAGAAAUAGAUAACACAAAUAGAGAAAGCGAGACAAAUAAAGAAAGAAAAUGAAAGAGAAAUAGGUUACACAAAAAGAGAAAGCGAGACAGAUAGAGAGAGAGAGACAGAUAGAGAGAGUGAAGUAGAGAGACAAAGUGAGAAAGACAGAUUUAGAGAGAGAGAGAGACAGACAAAUAGAGAGAGAGGGAGGGAAGGAGGGAGGGAGCCGCUGAUGUGCGACCCAGUUCCAGCACACUCAGCCCCGCCGCCUCUCUCCAGCCCGGCCGCCGCCGCUGCUCGCUGGUCGCUGCGGGAGAGCGACGCUCCUUUCCCGGCUGCCGGACGAGCCUUUUCCCGCUGGAGGGAAACAGCGAGAGAAGCAGGCAGCGGAGCGGAGAUGUGUCCUCCAGAGGACGGAGUAUGGUCGCCAGAGCCCCUUUAACCGCCCGGCCAGAGUCAGAACCGUCGUUUAGAUUUAUUUAUCGAGCUUAUAUUUUGUCGUUUUAACGGAAUUUAUAACGUUAAUGUAGUUAAAAGUGUAUAAAACAGGCUGGUCGUGCUCGGCGUCUUCGGUGGGAAUUUAAACCGGGAUCAUGUGGACACCGACGGAGGAUGAGAAGCUCGGAGUGGUGAUCUGCAGCUUCCGGGGCUCCGUGUCUCACGGUCUGACGCUGGAGAUCGGAGAGACGGUUCAGAUCCUGGAGAAAUUCGAGGGAUGGUUCCGAGGAUUCUCCAUCAAAAAACCCACUGUAAAGGGGAUUUUUCCAGCCAGCUACGUUUACCUGAGGAAGGCCGUGGUCACCAACAGAGGGCAGUAUGAGACGGUGGUUCCCCUGGAAGACUCUGUUGUGACGGAGGUCACCUCCACCCUGCAGGAGUGGGCGGUGCUCUGGAAGCAGCUGUAUGUGAAGCAUAAAGUGGAUCUCUUCUAUAAGCUGCGUCACGUGAUGAACGAGCUGAUCGAUCUGAGACGGCAGAUGCUAUCUGGUCACCUGACCCAGGAUCAGAUCCGCGAGGUCAAACGUCACGUCACCGUACGGCUCGACUGGGGAAAUGAACACUUAGGGCUGGACCUGGUCCCCAGGAAAGACUUUGAGAUGGUGGACGCCGACCAGAUCAGCGUCUCAGACCUCUACAAAAUGCACCUGUCCAGCAGACACAGCGUCCAGCAAAGCACAACCCAGGGGGACAGCAUGCGGCAGCGUCACGGCGAGGCCUGCCGGAUACCUGUACCUCACCAUCUAUUCGUCAAUCUCAAGAGCUUCACCUACAACACCAUCGGAGAAGACACGGACAUCUUCUUUUCCCUUUACGACCUCAGAGAGGGCAAACAUAUCAGUGAGAAGUUCAUGGUGAGGCUCAACAAAAACGGAGGCCCGAAGAACCCGGAGAAGGUCGACAGACUCUGCGCCUUGUUUACGGAUCUAAGCAAUAAGGACAUGAAGAGAGACCUGUACAUUGUUGCUCAGGUCAUCAGGACAGGGAGGAUGCUGCUGAACGACUCGAAGAAAGGUCCUCCUCACGUACACUACAGACGACCCUACGGCUGCGCUGUGCUCGCCAUGAGCGACGUGCUGCAGACCAUCUCUGAACUCAAGGAGGAGAAAGACUUCGUGCUCAAAGUUUACACAUGCAACAACGAGAACGAGUGGUACCAGAUCCAUGAAAACAUCAUACGCAAGUCCAGCACCAAAUACACCGCUCCCAGCACCAACUAUGGUCUGAUCAUCUCCCUGCAGCUGCUGAGAGGAGAGAUGGAUCAGGUUCGGCGGGAGAACCCCAUGAUCUUCAACCGCAGCGUCGCCAUCACCCGCAAACUGGGCUUUCCUGAUGUCAUCAUGCCAGGCGACAUCCGCAACGACCUGUAUCUCACCUUGGAGCGAGGCGACUUCGAGAGAGGAGGGAAGAGUGUGCAGAAGAACAUCGAGAUCACUGUGUACGUGCUCUACGCUGACGGAGAGAUCCUUAAAGACUGCAUCAGCCUGGGGUCAGGAGAGCCUCAUAUCACUGAGCAUCGCUCCUACGUCCUCUACCACAAUAACAGCCCUCGCUGGAGCGAAGUGAUCAAACUGCCCAUUCCCAUCGACCGCUUCCGAGGCUCUCACCUGCGCUUAGAGUUCAGACACUGCUCCACGAAAGAUAAAGGUGAGAAGAAGCUGUUUGGGUUUGCGUUCACUCCGCUGAUGAGAGAAGACGGAACAACGCUUUCCGACGAGAGUCACGAACUUUAUGUGUACAAGUGUGAUGAGAACACUACGUUCAGUAAUCAUGCGCUGUACCUGGGCCUGCCGUGCUGUAAAGACGACUAUAACGGCUGCCCCAACAUCCCGUCCAGCCUCAUCUUCCAGCGCAGCACCAAGGAAACCCUGUGGAUCUCCACCCAGCUCUCCUCCACCAAGCUGACCCAGAACGUCGACCUGCUGGCUCUGCUGAAGUGGAAAGCUCAUCCUGACCGGGUUAUGGACAUCCUGGGUCGAUUGCGGCACGUCAGCGGAGAGGAGAUUGUAAAAUUUCUUCAGGACAUUCUAGACACACUUUUCUCCAUCCUUGAUGACAAUACGGACAAAUACGGGCCGCUGGUAUUCCAGUCUUUGGUUUUUAUCAUCAACCUGCUCCGAGACAGCAAGUACUACCACUUCCGCCCAGUAAUGGACACUUACAUCCAGAAGCAUUUUGCUGGAGCCCUGGCCUACAAGGAGCUGAUACGAUGUCUGAAAUGGUACAUGGACCGAUCAGCAGAGGUGGUCCGACAAGACCACAUUCAGGAAGCAAUGAGGGCUCUGGAGUACCUGUUUAAGUUCAUCGUGCAGUCUCGGAUCCUGUACUCUCGCGCCACCUGUGGAAUGGAGGAGGACCAGUUUCGGACCAGCAUUCAGGAGCUCUUCCAGUCCAUCCGCUUCGUCCUGAGCCUGGACAGCCGUAACUCAGAGACGCUCAUCUUCACCCAGGGCCCUCAGCCUAAUCUCGGACAAGCCUCCACGGCCCCGGCCUCCUGUACGCAGCCGUUGAGCUGUACCGCUCCGCGGCCGUCCCCUCUAUCAGCUGCUCUGCUCAACUCCUUCCCGGCCAUCUUUGACGAGCUCCUGCAGAUGUUCACGGUGCAGGAGGUGGCGGAGUUUGUGAGGGGAACGUUGGGGAGCAUGCCCAGUACCGUCCACAUAGGCCAGUCCAUGGAUGUGGUGAAGCUGCAGUCCAUCGCUCGGACAGUAGACAGCAGGUUGUUCUCGUUUCCAGAGUCGAGGAGGAUACUUCUACCUGUCGUUCUGCACCACAUCCACCUUCACCUGCGGCAGCAGAAAGAGCUGCUCAUCUGCUCCGGCAUCCUCAGCAGCAUCUUCUCCAUCAUCAAAAGCAGCUCACUGGAGACCUCGGUGCAGGAGGAGGUGGAGAUGGUGGUGGAGAGCCUGCUGGACGUCCUGCUGCAGACGCUGCUGACCAUCAUGAGCAAGUCCCAGUCGCAGGAGGCGGUAAGAGGCCAGCGCUGCCCACAGUGCACGGCCGAGAUCACUGGCGAAUAUGUGUCCUGCCUCCUGUCUCUCCUGCGACAGAUGACCGACAUCCACUUCCAACAUCUGCUGGACAACUUCCAGAGCAAAGAGGAGCUAAAGGAGUUCCUGCUGAAGAUCUUCUGUGUGUUUCGUAACCUGAUGAAGCUCAGCAUCUUCCCACGGGACUGGAACGUGAUGCGGCUCCUGACCAGCAACAUCAUCGUGACCACGGUCCAGUAUCUCUCCCCAGCUCUGCACAAGAACUUCACUGAUGCUGACUUUGAUUUUAAGGUUUGGAACUCUUACUUCAGUCUGGCGGUUCUGUACAUCAACCAGCCCAGUCUACAGCUGGAGAGCAUAACCCCGGCCAAGAGGAAGAAGAUUCUCGACAAAUACGGCGACAUGAGAGUCAUGAUGGCGUACGAGCUCUUCAGCAUGUGGCAGAACCUCGGGGAGAAUAAGAUCCACUUCAUCCCAGGGAUGAUCGGACCCUUCCUGGGGGUGACGCUGGUUCCUCAGGGUGAGGUCCGAAACAUCAUGAUCCCCAUCUUUCAUGACAUGAUGGACUGGGAACAGCGCAAAAAUGGCAACUUUAAGCAGGUGGAGGCUGAACUCAUAGAUAAGCUGGACAGUUUAGUGUCUGAGGGCAAAGGAGACGAGAACUACAGAGAACUCUUUGGUUUGCUUACCCAGCUCUUUGGGCCGUACCCAAGUCUCCUGGAGAAGAUUGAGCAGGAGACGUGGAGGGAGACGGGCAUCUCUUUUGUCACCUCCGUCACUCGGCUGAUGGAGCGACUUCUGGACUACAGGGACUGUAUGAAAGGAGAUGAGACGGAAAACAAGAAGAUUGGCUGCACUGUCAACUUGCUUAACUUCUACAAGUCUGAGAUCAAUAAGGAGGAGAUGUACAUCCGCUACAUUCACAAGCUGUGUGAUAUGCACCUGCAGGCAGAGAACUACACAGAGGCUGCCUUCACGCUCCUCCUCUACUGGGAGCUGCUUCAGUGGGAGGAAAGACCCCUCCGGGAAUUCCUCCACUACCCUGCCCAGAGCGAGUGGCACCGCAAAGAGGGGCUCUGCCGCAAGGUCAUCCACUACUUCAACAAGGGCAAGUGCUGGGAGUAUGGUAUUCCUUUGUGUCGAGAGUUGGCCUUCCAGUAUGAAUCCUUAUAUGACUACCAAAGCCUGAGCUGGAUACGGAAAAUGGAAGCAGCGUACUACGACAACAUCAUGGAGCAGCAGAGACUGGAGCCCGAGUUCUUCAGGGUGGGCUUUUACGGUCGAAAAUUCCCUUUUUUCCUCAGGAAUAAGGAGUUUGUUUGCCGGGGGCACGACUAUGAGAGGCUUGAAGCUUUCCAGCAGAGAAUGCUGGGAGAAUUCCCGCAAGCUAUCGCCAUGCAGCAUCCCAAUCAACCGGAUGAAGCCAUUUUGCAGUGCGAUGCUCAGUACCUCCAGAUCUAUGCAGUAGCUGCAGUUCCAGAGAACGUGGACGUGCUUCAGAUGGACCGGGUUCCAGACCGUAUUAAAAGCUUUUACCGGGUCAACAACGUGCGGCGCUUCCGCUACGACCGGCCCUUCCACAAGGGCUCCAAAGACAAGGAGAACGAGUUUAAGAGUCUCUGGAUUGAGCGGACCACCCUCACCCUCACGCACCCCCUGCCUGGGAUCUCUCGCUGGUUUGAGGUGGAGAAGAGGGAGCUGGUUGAAGUCAGUCCGCUGGAGAACGCUAUCUCAGUGGUGGAGAACAAGAACCAGGAGCUGCGGACUUUAAUCAGUCAGUAUCAGCACAAGCAGCUGCACGGCAACAUCAACCUCCUCAGCAUGUGCCUCAACGGGGUCAUCGACGCCGCCGUCAACGGGGGCAUCGCCCGGUAUCAGGAGGCAUUCUUUGACAAAGAGUACAUUGGUACCCAUCCAGAGGACACAGAGAAGAUCACUCAGCUGAAGGACCUCAUGCAGGACCAGGUUCACAUCCUCGGUGUGGGACUGGCCGUCCACGAGAAGCUGGUGCAUCCUGAAAUGCGUCCCCUGCACAAGAAGCUGAUAGAUCAGUUCCAGAUGAUGAGGAGCAGCCUGUGCCAUUGUUUCUAUGUGGCCCUGCAGGGCCUGCCUGGACUGGAUAAGCUGAAUUCCACCAGCAGCCAACGAAGCAUCCUGACCUCCCACAGUCCUAUGAGCCCAGAGAGCAUCAAACUCCUGCACAGACACAGCCCGCUGAGUCUGUUGAGCUCCAUCCGCCACUCUUCUUCUUCCCUCUCCUCUCACACCUCCAGCGAGACCGGGAACCUCCUCAUCCUCACUGAUGGAAUGCUGCUGGAGCAUCCCGAGGACCUCUACCGCAUGCAGCCCAGUCCCUCAACGUCCAGUCUGAGCUCCACACACUCGGCUCCAUCUCAGAUGAUCAACUCAGGCCCCAACAGCAUCCGAGUCGGCUCUCCAUCACUGCCUGAUAAAUACAGGCACAACCGUGAGAUGCUGAUGCUGCUGCCACCCCAUCGAGACCGACCCAGCAGUGCCAUGUACCCGAACGUGACUGAAAAUGGACAGCCAACCAACGUCCAGAGGGCCUUAUUCCAUCAGGUGAUUGGUCCAUGCAAGCCUUGCAGUGACCCUAAUCUCUCUGUGGCGGAGAAAGUUCUGACCGCUCCCAGCAGCUGGAGUCUGGACAGUGGCACCAGAGACGCCUUUCCCUUCCUCUCCGCCCACGUGGGAAGUGUGAUGGCCCCCCCAGUUCCCCCCCGCAGUCUUCCUCCUGGACACUUCUCGAUGCACUUUGAUGCUUUCCACCACCAGAUCAGCGACCUCCCUCCAGCUCUCCCUGCGCGCUCCUUACGAAAGUCGCCCCUUCACCCUAUACCUGCCUCGCCCACCAGUCCACAGUCGGGCCUGGAUGGCAGUAACUCCACCCUGUCGGGCAGCGCCAGCAGCGGCGUCUCCUCCCUGAGCGAGAGCAACUUCGUCCAGUCCUCCUCCGAGCCGCCGGCGCGGGCAGACACCUUGGACUCUAUGCCCAGCAGCCAGGCCUGGACCACGGACACAGACGAGGCGGAGACUCCCUACCUGCCCGUGCGCUACAGCGUCUCCGAGCCUGAGGUGCUGGACAAUCUGAAGCCGGCCCCCUGCCGCAGCCACUCCGCUCCGGUGGGCGUCACGCCGGUGCUUCCGCCGGACGGCCACCACCACCACCCCCACGCCAUCCACAUCACCCACCCCCAUUACCACCACCACGAGCCGCCCCCCGCACUUCCUCCAAAACCCUACCUGAGGGAAGGCUGCAUCCCCGAGGAGGACCUGAGGCCGGUGGUUCCAAGACCCAUGCCCCGCAAGAUCUCCCAGCCUCUGCUCACCAACAAGGAGGAACAGGCCAAGGUGGCCUGGGAGCAUGGCAUCAGUGAGGAGUGAGGAGGUCUUCUAGAUGUGCAGCAGGUCUGAUUGAUGAGUGAAGGUGAAAAGAAGCCCAAGUGAAUAUGGAGUUCAAAAUUUCAAUUCUCAGUCAAUCUCAUGUCAUAUUACCUUCAACAAGGACUUUUCCUUUCCUUCUUAUGAGUUUUAUGAGUUUUGUUUCACGAGUGUUCACCAUGAUUCUACAAGUCUAAACACUGAUGGGAUCUUUAAAUUUUGAGUGGAGAGUAGAGAUGUGGUGGACGAGUCACUUAAGGUGUAUUAUCGUUAAUUAUUGGACGAUUUGAGUUAAAGAGGAGGACAAAAUAGGAUCUGUUUGGUUAUAAACACUCUGCCAGUUAAAAUAGUUCCAUUGCUGCUCUGUUUGUAGCUGUGCUGUUUGGCUUGUAAGAGCUGCACCAUUGCUAGGUUACUUGUACUGUAUGUGGCGGAGUAAUACGUGGAGAGCUUCGGUUAGUUACAGUGCAUUACCAGCUGAUAACAGCACUCAUAGAACACCUCUCAGCCAAUCACAUUGCAGGGUGGGAACUAACGGUGGUUUAAUUAGUAUUAAGGAUAUACUGUAUAAAGGUAUUUAGAUGCCAUCACCAUCAUCGGGGGUCACCAAUUAAACACCUACUAAUCAGUCUAGUAUUCUCGCCUUAUCCAUAUAAUUACUGCAUUUGGAGGUGCUACGUUGAUGGCUGUGUUUAGACUGCCAGCUCAAAUCUGGUCCAUUUUUUGACAUAUCUUGACUGGAUCCAGAUUAGUCUGGACAGUUCAUUUUUUGGGAAUCGAUUCCAAACCUCAUUUGCAAAUGAUUUCAAAAUUGACGAUUAAUUCCAAUCGAACUUAUAGGUUUGUGGUGUACAAACCUGGCAAAUCUGAUUCUUAUUGAUUGCUUAUAGUUGAAACUGAAACUGAAAUCAGUCAUGUUUAACAUACUUUCUACUGUGUUGUUUCCAAGCAUUGGAAACAAUGGCAACGUGAACAUUUUUGUUUGAGUAUAAAUAAAUAAAUACUAGAAGCAGAAGAACAGUUUUUGCUCCCCUACCAUUCCCCGGCCAUGUUUGUUUGUUCUAUCGGGCGUAGUUCCUUUGUUUGUGGAGAGUUUGCCCACAAAGUUCUGGUUGCACGACACUCCAAGCCAAGCCUCCACAAAAUAUCAGACUCAACGUUCUUUUGACUUUCUGACCAACUGUGCGUCAAAACAAACUGCAGUAUUUAUUUAUUUAUACGCUAACAAAAAUGUUCACGUUGCCAUUGUUUAAAAAAUUGAAUGGUGAUAAUUGUUUUCAAGUUUCCAUUCCAUUUAAAGAGUUUUUAGGGCAUUUAUUGACAUAAAUAAGUAUCAAUUAUGGGUUUGUUUGUGCAGAAACUACUGAUAUGAUACGAUUAUAUGAAAACGAAGGGUGAUACAAACUCAGCCUUUAGUUCCAAAGCGCCAAAAACGAACUCCCACCGUUACAUUGGGCUUGAUUACUGGUUUGGAUGAUUGGUUUGGAUGGUUUUAUAUUCAGAAGUGUCUCUUUACUGUAAUUGCAGACUGAUAGACUGUAAUUCUCUGUGUCGGUUAUAAAUGCUCAUUCAUUUUGCCACAACAUUUAUAGGGCUUUUUGGCGGAGAGCCUCCACUACAGAUGUCAGAACUGCUGUUCAUAUUUCCGGUAGAGUAGAUUUUCUAUUACCGUCAUUUCUCGCCAGUUUGGAGAGCCGAAUUAGGGAAUGCCACACACACACACAGCACUUGUGCUGAGCGGUGGCACACUGACUUGGCAGUAAGAGGCUUAUGUACUUUGCGAGAGCUUCAUUACACACACUUUAUUAUCGUACUUCAAAAGCAAAUCAGCCGACCACUCUGAGCUCUAUUAUCCAGUUACGCCAAUAACGCCCCCGCAGACAGAGAGCCGUAAUAUCAAAGCCAUUCACUCUGAUGUCUUCUACAGCAGCGCAGCUGCUUUCGGGCCCGGCAGGUUCCUUUUCUUAUUUGAUUUAUUUCCCGUUACGUUUGCGUUUCUUCUUUUUUUCGUAAAGGAAGAAUAUAUAUUUUUAGAUAGAGCAAAUGUAAAACUCCCUAACUUUAUCUAAUAAAACUGUACAGUAAAAAUAAUAAAACACGCGCUUAUAUAAUAAUAAUACGACGACGCUAAUAAUGAAAUGAGAGUUGAGCGAGGACCUUUGAAUAACGUGCACUGAUAUAUAAAUAUAUACACAGUAUAUGCAGGGGAUUUUUUUUUAAAAGACUUAUUUAGCUGCUGAAGGAGAAAUGUGUAAUUUGUGUAAUUGCUUCCUGAUGAUGGAUAAAUAUGAUGAAAUAUGAUGAUUAUUUUCGAAGACUGGAAACACGAUGUAUGAUAUAAUUUCAUAAGCUGAAUUUUUUGUACUGUACUGUGCAUGUUCUUUCUUGGUUACUGUGGGAAUUGGGAAGACGAACUGCAGUGACUUUAGAAGAAGAGAGUAAAGCCUGUGGAAGACGGGUUGGCACUUUUUACACUAUUGUGAGUGUUGUAAGAGUUGAGUGUAAUUUUUUUUAUUUUUACCAUGUCAAGGUACCCGGUUUUUAAGCACAUGAGUAUUCACAAAGUUCCCAAAGCUUCACAAUCUGGAUUUCAAGUUUUUGUUUUAUCUAAAGCAGCUUUCUUUUGCUUCAUUAGGUCAGGUUUCUUUUGUGGCAUAUUUUUAAUAGCCAUACAUAUUCAUUUGCACCAAAUUUGGGUGAAAAAAACACACAUUUUACAAUGGAUAAGCAGUCGGCUCUGGAGUUAGUGGUGCCUUCCUUGAAAAAUGGGCUAAAAUAAGUAGUAUUUUUUGGGAAUAUAAGGCACACCGGAUUUUAAGGCACACUAGAGGGGUGUCACAAUGCUAAUGCUGUUCCAGCAGUGCUAGCCAGGGUUAGCAGCAGGCUACAAUCGGAAAUACUCUCCUCUGAACCGCGAAAGAGCUAGCGUUAGCGUGGUUAGCAGCUAAUGCUAAUACUGCACCAGUCUCGGUGCUGGAGAACUUUACUGCUCCUUAAUACCUGACUGGUUGAAUUCAUUCAUAAGACACAGCGGAUUAUUAGGCACAUUGACGAUUUUGGGGAAAAUCACAUGAUUUUAAGUGCUCCUUAUAGUGCGAAAAAUACGAUAUGUAACAAAUAGUUUGCAAUAGGCAUUAAUCUCCAAUAAUAAUAUUUAACAAAGCCUCCCUUAUGUUGCUUCAUGUAAAGCAUAACAAAGCAGGAGAACAUAUGCUGAAACAGAUUUUGUGCAUACAUUUUGUAACCAGCAACCACCUAGCAACACCUUAGUAACCACUAAACAAGACAGCGCUACUGCCUAAAAUGCCAUAGCAACCACCGCAUGACAGUUGAUAUGGCAGUUAGUAUCUGCUAAGCGCCUAACCAAUGGAUGCUACUAACAUAUCAUUGCAGUCACUUGUUACUUUGCAGGAUCCAUCUAGUAAAGCACCUAGCAACAUCAUAGCAACCAACUGGAAUAUCAUAGCAACCACAUAGCAACAGCCUAGUCGGUAGGGGGAACCAUUUAAUCUGUGUCUAAAUGUUUGGCUCGACAAAGCUGGAGAAAACUUGCUAAGACAAAUUUAGGGCUUAAAUUUUGUAAGAAACACCAAACAAGACCAUAGUAACUGCCUAAAACACCAUAGCAACCACCUUGUGACAGAGUAGCAACCAGUAGCAUAGCAACCACACAGUAACAGCCACUAAUCUUCAGAAGAGUCCCAGAGCUCCAGAGUAAAUCUGGCUUUGCAAACAGUUUAUUAGGUAAGAACCUAGAAUUAAUAAAACUAAUGUUUUUUGGGGAUCUUUUAUGUGCAUUGAAAAUAUCAUAGUAUACCCCAGGAACCCUCUAGCAACAACCUACCAACCACUAAACAAGACCAUAGUAACUGCUUAAAAUACCAUAGGAUGCACCUAGCGACAUGGUAGCUUCCAUCUGGUAGGCACCUAGCAACCACAUAGAGCAACACCAUGGAAACAAACCUAAAGAUCACAGUAAACAGCUUACAUCAUCAUAAAAACUAAUCUUUAAAUAAUUAAAAAAUACUAUUAUUGCAAUGAUAAAACAGUGAGCAAAUAACAGUUUUUACCCCAAUUUUUCUGAAGGCUUCAGUAAUUCUAGGUCUGACUGUAUCUGUGGCCGCUUUUGUGGGCAAAUGGAAAAAGAGAUAAAAAUAUACCACUUUAACUGGUGCGAGAGUAUUAGAGAGUAUUAGGCUUGCAAUUUAAGCAAUACAGAGCAUUAAAGAUAAAUCUGAAUCCUUUUCCAAACUGCUCUACACUUACUGUGGAGGGAAAGCAAUUUUAGGUGACAUACUGGUUGUUUUUAAUAAGGUGUGGCCACAAUAUAAUAUAUUGACCAUGCACUAUAUAUGGCGAAAAGUAUUGGGACACAUAUGAUCUGUCUUUGCAUUUUACAGGCUGGAUGGAAUCAUCUGGUGCGCGUCACUUUAUCUAGAGGAUCUAUUUUGGAUUUGAAUAGUAAUUAUUUUUAUUGAUGUCUGGCAGAUAUCGGACGUAUAUGAUGGAGGAUGCACAUGAUGAUAUAUAAACUGUAUUUAUCUCACGUUAUACUUGAAGGAUGUCAGGAGGAGUUAGGCUGUGGUGUACUAUCUGUACUGUAAUAUAUAUAAAAUAUAUACAGUCAUAUCAGAGAAUUAAGAUCACCUCAUCUCCACCGAUUUUCAGAUUUGUCAGUUUUCGUAUCUUGUGUAAUCUGAUGGUAUAAUCCUUGCAAAAUGGAGAAAUUGGUUAAAAUAAAGGACAUUUUUAUUUUUUAGAUUUUUCCUAAAAUUCCAAUUGUGGUGCAGAGAUAAAAAAUAAAAUAAAAUUGGAAAAAUGGAUUAAACACUCAGAAAAAUAAAUGAAUAAACAUUACAGACUGUAGUUCUGUAGUAUGUUUCUCUGCAUACUUUAUUAUUAUUAUUAUUAUUAUUAUUAUUAUUAUUUGGGUGGUGGGUCAUUAUUCUCAGCACUGCAGUAAUUAGCAAUGAUUAGCCGGAGUCCUUAACAUCUUUGCAUCACUGCUGGGCUAAGAAUAGGCAACCACCAGUGCACUAUGGGUAGCAUCUUGAAAAAUGUAAUAUCUACAGCUCUGGAAAAAAUGAAGAGAUCACUUCAGUUUCUGAAUCAGUUUCUCUGAUUUUGCUAUUUAUAGGUUUAUGUUUGAUUAAAAUGAACAUUGUUGUUUUAUUCUAUAAACUACAGACAACAUUUCUCCCAAAUUCCAAAUAAAAAUAGUUAUUUACAACUAGAUUCUUAUCUUACACUGUUUUUUCUAUAAUUUCUGUUAAUUAUUGUUAUAAUUGAAAUGACAAAUUACUAUAUUAUGCUAUGAGAUAUGUUAGAUAUUUCCACUGUUGCUCUUUCUAUUUGUGUUGUAAGUGCUUAUUAAUUGUUUUAAAAGUAUUCACAGAUUAAUUUAUAACGAUUAAUAAACUAUAUACUACUUAUAAACCUUUUAUAAAAGAGCCUUAUUUUAAAGAGGUACCACUCAUUUUAGGAGUGCUUAUGCUCCCUAAAAAAGAGCUAGACACCCCCCUGUUUCUGUGACAAAUAGAGUGGAUCUCUUAAACACAGUGUUUAAGAACUCACUGUAGGGUCCUGAGUACUGAACAGGGUAAAAGGAGGAUAAUAAUAAUAAUAAUAAUAAUAAUAAUAAGUAUACAAAGAAUUAGAUACAGAACUACAGUCUGUAAUUAUUAUAGAAUUAUAAAGUGUUCUAUACAAUCAGUGGAGAUAAUAUACUGAAAUAUAAUGAAAAAUAAUACAGGUGACCUCAAUAUUCUGAUAGGACUGUUUGGAUGGUGCUGCAUUCAAAGGGAAUUAAUUGAACAAUUUCUAUUUCACGACCUGCUGUGGCAUUAAAAACUGUGUUUUAUCAUAUUCGUACGACAUAUCUGCAUUUUAUUUGUGUGUUUUAAAUUAGAACAGUGAGAAGGCUUAGUUAAUUUCAGGCCAAACGAUUGGCCAAGAAUUGGAAGUAUUUUUCAUUUCAUUUGAAAUGUCUACAGAAUGUAGAAAUAAGGCAGGAUUUUAUGGUGUUUCGAGCUAAAAUGUGCAUUAGCUUAGCUUAUCAAGCUAAUAUUAUACAUAACAGUGUUAAGGCGAGAUGUCGGUCUGGGUCGGCCAAAAUGUGAACAUCAAACGUGCAACUAAAAUACAACUAAAAGUAUUCAUAUUUAUUGUUUUAAACAUUUUUUUAUCAUUUUUUUUUUUAUUGACAUUUUGCUAACGUUUUUGCCUGUAAAUAUCGAGAACCUUGUUUAAAACCCAUGUUAGCUGUGAGCGUGCAUGUCUGCGUGACCUGUGUUGAGUUUUGUUUUAUUUUUAUUUCUUUUUAUCUUCACGUGUUUUUAGUUUUGUUUUACAACAUCAAAAAUUACAAAUAUUUACUCAGAAUUCAACCGCGACGACAAGAUAGAGAAGAUAACCGGAGUAGAUGUACAUAUUUUACCCCCUAACACACUCACUUUAGGCCGUAAUGCUUUUCGGUGGCCUUUAGCGUUUAAAUAAAAGGGGUUUAGACCUCAUAUUUUUCUCUGAAAUAAAUAAUAUGCAAUGGAUUAAAUGUUGAAAAAUGAACUAAUAAGAGUCCCUCUACCUGUAUUUUAGGCCACAGUUUAGAGAAAGGUGUCGUUAGAGAAAAAUUAAUGUUUAUAUAUUUACACACAACAAUGGCAAUAUAAUACGGACUGUAGGUACUUCUGAAAGUAGGAGUUUGAGUCGAAAGAUUCGAGUGAAAGCAAAGCCAAGCUUGCGUUGAGUUAUUUGUCUCUGUAAAUAAGAAAUCCCCUGUAGAACGAACGACACCCACUAAACCACUUUUGGAAGCAUUACAGUUCCUACGUCACCACGUCUGUCUUUCUGUAUAUAAUCCUUCCUUCACAGGCUGUGUAUUUAUACGGUUCGGAAGGGCGAAUCAUGUAUAGAUUGGGAAUUACUUGUCUGCCUUGUACUUUCUGAUGUAAAUGUGUUUUUAAAACUAAAACGAGAAACGAGUGACUCUCUUUCAGCGGCCUAAUCACCACAGUUAUUUUGUGUAUUUUGCAUUGAAAUCUGAAGAAGAACGACUUCUGUUUUACCAUUAAGAGAUGAUAAGGAAACCUUUGUACGAGUAUUCUCAAAGUAAUUUCUUUGUAUAUAUUGUGCUGGCAUGGACAAAAUGUGACGUGAACUUUAGAUGUAAAUACACAUUUUUUCCUAUAACUGCUGUGAUGUGGAAUUCAUUAAUAAUAAUGCCUAACAUUAAAGAUAAUGUUUUAUC